UUUCCAAUGAGGUGUGAGCCAGUGACGGGACCUUCUCUCUGCUGUCCUGAACUGUGUGUGAAACAAUAAUUGCAUUCACCAUGAUAUGCCACAUAACUCGUCCGGACUCGGUGGUUCUGGAAGUGGAGGUGGACCCAAAAGCAAACGGAGAGGACAUUCUCAAUAAGAUAUGUCGGAAAAUGGGAAUAAUAGAGGUAGAUUAUUUUGGACUUCAGUUCACCGGUACAAAGGGAGAGAUUUUAUGGAUGAAUCUCAGAAACAGGAUUUCUCAACAAGUGGACUGCAUGUCUCCUUGCAGACUGAGGCUGCGAGUGAAGUUCUUUGUUGAGCCACAUCUAAUCCUGCAAGAGCAAACCAGAUAUUUGUUUCUGAUGCAUGUGAAAGAAGAGCUUUUCAAAGGAAGCUUGCGAUUGGACGCAGAGCAGGCGAUCGAGCUCUGUGCACUACUGGCUCAGGCGGAGUUUGGAGAUUACAACCAUAACACAGCCAACUACUGCUACUCCCAGAUAUACGGUCAAGACCCCAGCCGUGAUACCAUCAACAAUAUUUUGUUGAGGCAUAAGUCACUGGAGAGUGUUAGUCAGGCUUCAGCAGAAUAUCAAGCCCUGCAGCUGGUUUCCUCCCUCAACUACUAUGGCGUCGAGUGGCACUCCGCACGUGACUCUGAGGGACAGGAGCUACUCAUCGGGGUCGGACCAGAGGGCCUGUUUGUCUGCAAAACAGAUUUCACCCCUAUUGAAAGAAUCAUUUACCCAGUCAUUCAAAUGGCCACUCAGUCUGGAAGGAAUGUGUAUGUGACCAUUACAAAAGACAGUGGGGACAGUGUGGUUCUUCUUUUUAAGUUCAUCAGUCCCAGUGCUGCCAAUGGACUAUAUCGUGCUAUCACGGAAAUCCAUGCCUUCUACAGGUGUGACACUGUAAUGAGUACAGUGAAGAUGCAAUAUAGCCGUGACUUCAAGGGUCAUCUGGCUUCCCUCUUCCUCAAUGAAAGCAUUGACCUUGGUAAAAGGUACAUCUUUGACAUCCAGCGCACAUCCAAAGAAGUAUAUGACUGUGUGCGUCGAACCCUGUUCAAAGCAGGGAUGGCUGUGACCGGAUGUGGUAGCCCAAGAGACGGUUGCAGUCACUCUCCCCUGAGACAGACAAAAGCUGAAAAGGAGGAGCGGAUGUGUGGCGGCUGCAGAGAAACUUGCUUACUGAAGGAGAAGCUCCAAAGGCUACAAGAGGCCCUGACCUGCUCUCUGUGCUGCAAACAGGAGAUCAAUGCUGCGUUCUGUCCUUGUGGACACAUGUUCUGCUGCUAUAACUGUGCCGGCCAACUUCAGUGUUGUCCAGUGUGCCGGUCAGAUGUGUACCGUGUUCAGCAUGUCUAUUUACCCACCUGUGCCAUUCUACUUGGCCUGGCAGAGGCAAAAACGACCACCUUCAGUGUGCCCAGAGGAACUGCCGUCUCAGUGGAUUGUGGCGAUAAAGAAAAUACCUGCCAGAUGGACACUAUUGGCCACAGACUAUUUUAAAAAUACAGAAGAAAUAUUAUGAUAAAAUAUACAGUGGUUCUUAAGUGUGAGCUGAAAUGCACAGAGUGAGGCCAGCUAUCCAGAAGUUGGCCUACCUAAAAAAAAAA